AUCAUCCAUCGGCCAUCAUGAACCAUCAUCAAACCUUCUCACACUCUCCUCUCCUCUCUUUCUUCUAGCCUCUCUUACUCAGACUACACUUGCAGGGGAAAAAUGGCCGCUUUACGCAUUUCCCAUUUUGCCCCUACUGCCAUCGUUUAUUUCCUCCUCUUGUCUUCUUCUUAUCCCAUUGUUGCCCUCAACAUCACCUCCCUCUUGUCCACCUACCCAGAUCUCUCUGACUUCGCUAACCUACUCACCGCCACCGCCGUCGACGGCGAUCUCAUCCACCGCUCUUCUCUCACCCUCCUCGCUGUCCCCAACUCCUUCCUCCGCUCCUCCGAUCUCACCCACCGUUCCUCCGCCUCCAGUCUCGCCGACGUCAUUCGCUACCACGUGCUUCUCCAGUACCUUUCUUGGCCGGACAUUCGUCAGAUUCCGGCCGCCGGAAAGCUAAUCACUACUCUCUACCAAACCACCGGCCGUGCCACUAGCAACUUCGGCUCCGUGAACAUUACGCGCAACCCAGCAAACGGCGCUGUUUCGGUCCAUUCUCCGGCGUCUUACUCUCCCUCCAACGCCACCAUUCUUUCCUUGAUCAAGACGCUUCCGUACAAUGUCAGCAUCUUCACUGUGAAUUCGCUGCUCGUUCCUUACGGAUUUGAUCUGAUGGCAUCGGAGAGUCGACCGCCGUUGGGGUUGAACAUCACGAAGACGUUAAUCGACGGCCACAAUUUCAACGUCGCGGCGUCGAUGUUGAUGGCGUCGGGGGUGGUGGAGGAGUUCGAAGCGGAUGAGGCUGGUGCCGGAAUAACAAUGUUUAUCCCGACCGACGACGCAUUCGCCGAUCUUCCGACGACGGAGAGGCUUCAGUCUCUUCCGGCGGACAAGAAGGCGGUGGUCCUGAAGUUUCACGUCCUGCAUUCAUACUACACUCUGGGUUCGCUUGAGUCGAUCGUGAACCCUGUUCAGCCCACAUUGGCUACAGAGGAAAUGGGAGCUGAGAGCUUCACUCUCAACAUUUCUAGGGUUAAUGGGUCGGUGGCGAUUGAUUCAGGGAUCGUACAAGCGUCGGUGACCCAGACGGUAUUCGAUCAAAACCCAGUUGCUAUUUUUGGGGUUUCCAAGGUACUCUUGCCGAGAGAGAUUUUCGGGAACAACCCAAUUUCGACGACCAGGCCCAGCCCCAACAAUGAAGCAACAGGCAGUGCUCAACCUCCGGACAUAUCCUUGUCGCCGGAGAAUUCACCAGGUUCGUAUACACCCCCGUCGGGGAUGUCCUCUCCACCGGGGUUCCACGAAGAGCUCCGAUCAGAAGCUCAAAUUAAUCGCGCCCAGAGGUUCAUCCUCGCAUGCGCAAUGUCUUGUAUAGGGUUGUAUGUAGUGGUAUGAGAUUCGAUUAUUUUUCCUCAUAAUUAUCAAUUUAUUUUUUCCUUUUUCGGGGGUUUUUGUUUUUUGGUUCUUUUUUUCACACGAUGAAUUGAAUUUGGCUACAAAGGCAGCCAAUUUUUCUUCUGGGCUCGUCAAUUCUGUUUAUCUGGGAAUAAUUUUCCACUAAAAGGCACAAUUUUUUAUUUUCCUCUUUUGGGGUUCUUUGUGAAUCUGCUGUUGUUCUCGUGAUGUAAAGAGCUUAAGAUCAUUCUGUUGUAUGAGUGAAAGUAGAAGAUGGGUUUAGAUCA